UCCCCCCUCGCUGGCUCAGCUCGCUGCUGUAGUGCCGUGGGCUACUGUCGCCAUGCGCCUUCCCCCUCCCCCCUCCUUCCGCCUCCCACCACGAUCCAACCACUCUGUUUCUGCUGUGCUUCAUUUUCAAGUUUCUCAACGCUCGCUCGCUCUUCACUGCUUCUGCUCUAUUGCCACCUUGACGUUCUUGCUGCUCCCAUUCAUUGCAAUUCUUGUUGCAUGCCUCCUUCUCCCUCCGUCCCUCCAACCUUUCCCGCCUGUGGCAGCAGAAGCAGCAGCAGCAGCAACUGGGAGCCAAGCGCAGUGGGCACAGCAGAGGGAACUUUCACUGCAGGGAGGCAGCGCUUUUACCAGGGAGAGUAUGGGGCUGGCUGUUGCCUGUCAAGGUUACUCAGCCUGUGGUUCCAAGCGGCCUCUGGUGUCAAGGAGCAGUGGCAGGCAAGCAAGGCGCACCAACCAAGCACGUGUGGCACCGGGGCUGGUCGUGGCCUCGCAAGAGAGCUUGUGACUCAGCAGGGGGGACUGUCACUACAGGGAGGCAGGCUGCAGCAGUUAGCAGCCGCUAUUACCAGGGAUAGCUAUCAAGCCUAUGUCUUUAGAUUCUCUCGUACCUGUUUCUUGGCCUGCACUCACUCGCCUCUGCCAUUCCCUCCGCUCUGCCCCAUUCCCUCCGCUCUGCCCCAUUCCCUCCGCUCUGCCCCAUUCCCUCCGCCCUGCCCCAUUCCCCUCUGGACACUCAUGAUGCAGCAGAGGAAGCUGAGUGGCACGCUGGCAACACCAGUUGCUGCAGCAGAAGCGCAGCGUUCGAGUGCAGAGCCCCAGUGCGGGAGGGGAGGGAGGGUAUACGGGGCAGCAUCCAAAUGGUGA